GCCAAGCACGAGCUUCUCAGACUCUCUACCUUCUCACCAGCCGCCGUAUGUGGGCAGCCAUCUGGGGAUCCUUUCAGUCCGCAUUCAUUUGUGGAGCCUUGGACUCGGUGCUGCCACUGUUUGUGCUCCAUACCUAUGGCUGGAGUUCAAUGCAGGCUGGUGGUUCGUUUGUGGCAUUAAUGGGCCCGUCAAUGAUUUCGCCAAUGAUAGGAAAGCUGGUCCCACGAUUAGGCGCCCGAGUAAGCGCUGUAUGGGGAUAUCUUGGAUCUGCAGUGACACUAGGCUGCCUAGCCCUGGUCAGCAGAGACACCGAUGCUCACAAAACCUUAUUCGUCAUCUUUCUUAUCCUGUGCGGCUGCUCCAUGGUUUUCUUCGAGAUCGCAGCAUGGGUUGAUGCUGUGACAGCAGCACAAACCAAGACUGAGAACCAACCGCAUUACUUCACCCCCGGUGGCGCUAUUGCUCAAGUCUACGGGCUUACGAAUGUGAUGUUCGCACUUGGAUUUGUCGCUGGGCCACUCGGGGCUGGUUUGAUGUACCGGCGUUUUGGCUGGACGGCAACGGUCCUGUUGUUGGCAUCUAUCACGUUUGCGAGUGCUAUCCCGACAAUACUUUGGCUGGACAGAAAGUCGGAGGUGGUAGGGUUACCUACAACGUUGCCCGUUGGAUCAGUGGUUGAGGUCAAAGAGAGCCUCUAGGAUGAUAGAGUUUAUGUAAGCUAGGAACCUGGUACGCGAAUGUCAGGUAUCGAAUGGAGUCAUUGCCUGGGUUCGAGACUAGGCUAGUAAGACCUGUGGAGUCUCUAAAAGUAGAGUAUCGUAACCAAAGCCUGAAUGGUAAUAUGCCUAUGGCGGGCCACGAUACGAGUGAGGUCUCGACAGAGUCAGGCUGCAAGUUCACGACCAGCCAACGGUCCGCGCCUGGGAUCCUGGAAUGUGGUUCAGCAGGUCAAGAUUCUAUUCCUGGCUUGCCGAGAA